GCACACCCAGACACGCACGUUCAAGGGGGACCAAGACCAGACAAACAUGUCCAAAUGCGCACCAGUUUGCAGACACAACCCGGGCACGCUCAUCCAUCAAAACCCGCACCUGCUCGGACCAGAACGCUUUAACUGUCCUCUCGUUUCGUCCGUGUGACUUAACCCAGUUUCGAUUGUGAUUCAAAACGAGUUCCAGCAAUGUAGUUGUCAUCGAGUGGUGAGCGUCGCUGUGACUGUGGGUGACUCAGGGGGACGGAGGGGGGGCGCUCUGGUCUGCUCAGAGCAGGACGCAGGAGAUAGUCGCUCUCCAAGGUGCUGAAAGUGGGAGCGCUGCCUCGGUCUUGCCUGUUCACAACGAACGCCGCCUCAACUGCAGACGUCCAGCAACGACUGCCUUCCUCCUCUCCUGCUUUAGUUUGUCCACUCUUUAAGCGGCACCUGUGCGGAUUUAUGAUGUCGUGUCAUCACUGGAUGUACAGUCACAUUUAUACAACAACGACUGCUGUGAUAUAUCUUUGGAAAUACUGAACUGACUGGAUUCUCAGGGACCAAAGGAGGAUUUUUUCCCUCCCUUGCAGGUUUCUUAAGCCUUUUUUUUUCUUUGCCGCAUGCCGCUGAGCGUGAACUGCGAUUUUGUCUACUAAAGGUGAGUUGAAUGAAUUAUUAUGAGGAAGGCGCACUUUUUCAUGGAUGUCGUUUGCUGUGGACUGGAAAGGAGGAAACAGGUCUCCAAAAGACUCGUUUUCCAUUGACGUUGUAAGCUCGGAAACAUAAAGGGGGGAUUGGGGAUAUCAGGUGGAGUCUGGAGAAAUUACCGAUUGGAUGGUGAAGUUUCAGCCGAUGAGGCGACAAUCUUUGAUCUGCUCUGGUCCUCUGUUGUUGGCUUUCCAGGCGCUACACCGAGGGAAUAACAAACAGUUUUACCGCGGCCUGAACAUAAAUAAAUACAGUAAAAAGCACAGGUCUUCAUCAGUCCAUGAUGGUGGUGAUCAUUAAACCCUGCGUGGAUCCGGGGAGGAUACCGGCUUAGAAAUGACAUCCACGCAGUCGUGCUAAAUGUGGAUGUCAGUUCCGCGGCGAGGGAUGGGUCCUCCCCUUUCGGCUGCCUCUUUCCUCCUCCUCCUCCUUCUCCUCCUCCUCCUGUCCCUGAGCGCCGUGUCCGCGGCCAGCGUGGGGAAUGCCGAGGAUUACGCCGCGGACGAGGCGGAACGGACCGCCGCCGACAACAUCGUCUUUGAUGACUACCGGGGCAAAGGAUGCGUGGACGACAGCGGCUUCGUAUACAAACUGGGGGAGCGCUUUUUCCCGGGACACUCUAACUGCCCGUGCGAGUGCACGGAGGACGGGCCGGUGUGCGACCAGCCAGAAUGCCCCAAACUGCACCCUAAGUGCACCAAAGUGGAGCACAAUGGAUGCUGUCCCGAGUGUAAAGAGGUGAAGAACUUUUGCGAGUACCGCGGGAAAACACAUAAAAUACUAGAAGAAUUCAAGCCGUCGCCCUGUGAAUGGUGCCGCUGCGAACCAAAUAAUGAGGUGCACUGUGUGGUGUCCGACUGUGCCGUCCCAGAGUGCGUCAACCCUGUGUAUGAGCCAGAGCAGUGCUGCCCCAUCUGUAAAAACGGUCCAAAUUGCUUUGCUGGAACAACGAUCAUCCCAGCCGGGAUCGACGUGAAGGUGGACGACUGCACCAUCUGCCGCUGCCACAAUGGAGACUGGUGGAAACCUGCGCAGUGUUUGCGGCGGGAGUGCCUCAACGGUCCGUCACUGUCAUAGAGAGACUCCACGGGGAUGGUGGAUAAGCUCAGGCAAGGCUCUGCCUACUGCGCCAUUUUGUAUGAUUGACAGGGCAGGAGCACAAUUCCUUAAAAAAAAACAAAAAAAGAAAGAGAAAAAAAGAAAACAGAAACAGCAGCUCUCGCAAAGCUUCAACACAACUUUAACCAGAGAGAAGAUGAUGGAACUUGUCUCACGGCUGUUUCUCCCCUCCAGUUUUACUCGUUCUAUAUAUUUUCAAAAGUUGACUCGCUUCACUUGCUGCUCUCAUUCAGAAAGUUUCUAAGCUCUUUGAACUCCUUCCUGUCUACUGUCAAUGUUGAACGGUCAUGUCAAUUUCUGUAUUUACGUCAUGAGUUUGCUGUAGGUGUCUAUCUCCGCCUACUGGUGUUCCAACUGUGUGUGUGUGGGGGGGGGGGGGGGGGGGGGGGGGACAAUCGGAAAGCACACUUUGCAGCACCUCUUUUUCCUGAUCAGUCAAGUCUGACACUGCAAAACUCUUACCUUCAUUCUGAGCUUGUUUACAAACCCACAUCUCACACUGUUUGUUCUUGGUUAGACUUUCUAUCUGAAGCACCACUUAAAAGAUGUUGUUGUCAUAUUUUAUAAAUCACAAUGAAAGCUCCCAAUAAUGCCAUCAAUAAGCCAUCGCAUCGUGUCAGAUCUCUGUAUAGUAGCAGCACAAACAGAAUGAGUUAGCAGUACCAUAUGUAGCUGAAGAGCAAACAAAGUGGUACCCGCUUCAACUGAAGAAGUGUGCCAAAAAAAUUAAAAAAUAAACAGGAGAAAAACCCUGGGAAAGUCUUUUCACACCAACUGGUUUGACUGUCUUUUCCUCUGGGGUCCACAUUCCGCAAAACAUUCCCCACUUACUAGCUGCUUGAACUUGUUAUCAAAGCAGUUAGCGAGCCAAGAGCAGCCUGCUUUAAUUUUCCUUAAUCAGGAGUAUUCUGUGAUAAAUCACCCAGCUGGGUGCUAGGCUCUGCUGCAGCCUGCACGCUGGGCACAUUCAGCAAAAACCAUCAGACUAAAAGAAGGGAAUCCGCAUCCCGGAUUAAUGCUUUUAAGCAGUAUUCAUAGGAAUAAUGUCCAUGUGAGAUACGCAUGGGCGCCAUUCAUCUGCGGGCUUUGUUUAUUGCUCUGAUCUCAGAAAUACUCUUACACCCAUAAAUAAGACUUGUUAGGAGAUCAAGCUGUUCCUCAUAAGAUUAUGUCACAGAUUAAGUCCUUCUGUUGUUUGAAUGUCCUAGUCAUAUAGGUGCAGCUAAAGCUGAGGCUAUAACAUUGCAGACAGGUUUCUGUAUGAAGUUUUUUUGGGUUUAGCAGUUGUCAAGUGGUUCAGUCGCAGAGGAAAAGCGCCCUGAAGACGAGACAUUUUUUGAGAUGAUAAAUACAAGUCGUUAUUUCCAAAGGUUAGCUCAUGCUUUUUGUCAUUUGAAUUUCAUCCAUUUCCAGAAAAUCUGUCAUCCUGCUAACCUUUUACACCCACGUUGUGAUGGAUGAGCUGCUUAAUAAUAAGACCAUGCACUCUGGAAUUAGACAAAAAAAAAGAACACGAGAUUAAAAAAAGGAGGGGGGGGACAACAAAUUAAGGGUUUAAUUAUCUUAUAGGAUGGUAAAUUCAGUCUUUGGAAAGACCUGCAUGUGUUCUGUUAAACUGAGAGAAAGGAAAUCAGUUGGACAAAGUUCAGGCUUUCGAUCAACAAUAGUUUGCGUCAUGUUUGUCAUUGAGCCGCAUUGAUUUAGGAUCUUCCAGUGUGCACAGACAGACCAUCAGUUUGGCUUAAGAUCUUGCAGGUUUACAAAACAAAAUUGAAGUAAAAGGUUGACGCCCGAGUUACAGCCCGAGUAAUCUAGAAAUUCAACUUUAAAAAAUAAAAAAGUAGAUUCAUUUAUCCCCAUCACUCUAAAUGCCACGUAAUUGUUCCACCUUUACAUGUAUCAAAAAAGAAAAAGUGGGUACUUUGAGAUAGCUGCAGCUGAGACAGUCAUGGGAGGGUGCCAGCUGACGGGGCUCAAAGGCACUGCUGCCACCACAGAUGCCUUAUUGCUACUGUUCCAGAUAAGAUUCACAAAGCAUGGCCUUUGGCAUCACACAGAAUGAACAGCCCGAACUGCUUUAAGAGCAAGCUUGUUUCACUGCUCCGUGCAGCCGUUUAUUGCAGUGUAUUACCCACAACUAUUCAUUGUUUUAUCUCGAAACAUUCCAGAAACAGCCAGUGGGUUCAACAGAAAGUAAAACAACAAGUGCAGUUCAUUUUAAGCCAAAACUGCAGCACCGGAGCUAAAAAUAAAUGGCACCAUUUGUUAGAUGCAAGGAGAGAGAGCUACAACUCUGGCAGAUAUGAUUUGCAAACUAAAGCAACUUCAAGCUCAUGGCAAUAUGACAUUGUGACUCAUUGUGCUGUUUCUCUGAUGCGAGCUCCUCCAUACUCCAACGCCUCUGAAGUGCAGAGCGUUUAGGCCGCUCCAACGUUGGCAGCUUGUUUCACUGAUUUUGUGAACUGCUUUCAUUGGCUGAAAGUAGGAGUGGAGAGGGUGAAGUGGUAGUCAACAGAAAGUUAAACUGUCACGACUUAGAUCAAGUGUCAUUCCAUGGGUCAACGCCCAGUCGUUUUGCAGAAAGAUCAAACAUGAAAAGCAGCUUUAUAAAGAAAGCAGCUUGUUCCUCUGGUCUCUAAGUAAGUAGACAAUUGAGCGCAAAUGAUUCCAGUGCCUCUCGUGAAGGUACAAGAGAUUUUAAAGCAAUGCAUUGUGGGUCAUUUGUCACAAGAAAAAGGCAGCGUUUAAAAAACACAAUUAUCAAUCGAAACAGAUCCUGUGUGUGCAACUUACUUACCUGAGCAUUCAAAGAAAAUUAUCUUUCAAACACACAAGUAUACUGAUCAACUGUGGAGCCUGGCUUUUAUUUUCUUGGAAGAAACUUGAGUCUCUCCGUCUGUCGGUGAAUGUCUAUUCAAACGGCCCCAUUGUCCUCCCUCCCAUUAUGAAAACCACAGGUAUGUAAGAUAAGCAUUUUGUACAGGUGCACCAUUUGCUUUUUCCUUGAGACACCGACUCACUGUAGCUGGAAACUGAAAGAUUGUUUUUUUUCUCCUUCCUUUCUUUUGUUGUUUUGUUUUUCAGCAAGAAAACUGUUACAUAAAGUGUGCCUGAAAACCAACGGUGAUGUUGUUAACGAAGAGAGAAACACUGUUACAAUCAAUUGUAUUAUAUAUCUUUUUUUGUUUUUUUAAGAGCCCCAAGGGUUUGCUCCUGUUGUGCUGAGAGGAGACAAACCAAAUGAAUGCUUUAAAAUCAGGAGCCACUUUGAUUGUAUAUGAUUUCAAACAAGUUUGGCCUCAAAUGGAACAGAAGAGCCCUCAAUCUCAAAAGCAACCCUUGGCGCUCUGUAUUUUGUUCAUAUGUAAAUAUCUUCAGACAUAUGAUGUGUAUUAUGAAAUGGAGUAAAAAAAAAUGAAUUGACAUCAC